CUGGGACUGCCCGGUUGUGUCCGGGGUAAGAUGGCGUUGGAAGAGCAGUGCUCGGCACCAUCUCGAUGGCGGUCCAUAUCUCUGACACACGUAGAGUUCCCGGAGGGCGACCUGACGGGACACAUGCUGGCCUACUUCAGUCUCCUACCCAUAGCAAUCCUCGUGGGUUUUGUUACACUCAUAGUGUUUAAACGGGAGCUGCACACGAUUUCCUUCUUCGGUGGACUCAUCCUGAAUGAAGGGGUGAACUGGCUGCUGAAGCACAUUCUCAGAGAGCCACGCCCAUGUGCAGGAACUCACACAACCCUGCACACAGACUAUGGGAUGCCCUCCAGUCACUCCCAGCUGAUGUGGUUCUUUGUUGUUUACUUCUUUCUUUUCCUUUAUUUAAGAAUGCAUCAAACGAACAAUGCUCGAUGUGUGGACCUGCUGUGGAGACACAUACUGUCCAUCAUCCUGUUGGGUGUGGCCUUAUCGGUCUCAUACAGCAGGGUCUACCUGUUGUAUCACACCUGGAGCCAGGUUUUCUAUGGCGGAGUGGUCGGUAGUACGAUUGGCAUACUCUGGUUCUUUUUCACACAAGAGAUGCUGACACCAUUAUUCCCCAAAAUAGCAGCGUGGCCAAUAUCAGAGUACUUCCUGGUGCGAGACACAAGUCUGAUUCCCAACAUCUUAUGGUUUGAGUAUACAGUGACCAGAUCAGAGGCGAGGAACAGACAACGAAAGCUUGGAACAAAACUUCAGUGAUCUACACAGUUCUUCUGUGAAACAGAGUUUAGGACCGCACACACACACACACACACACACACACACACACACACACACACACACACACAUGUACACACAAAAAUGCUCACUCAACAAAAACACACUGGAGAACCAUCUUUUGAACUGACGUGGUUGCAAGGAGAGUAAAGGGCAGAAACCGCUUACAGGUGGUGGCGAAAGAGUGCCUGGUCCCGGCCCGGAGCCCACAGCCUGAGCAAGUCCGUCCACACGCCUCUCCUCCUCGUACAGCUUGCCCCCAAAUGCUCUUCAAUGCAUGCAAGACUGUGCAAGAGGCAUACUAUUUAAUGAUAGAUUAAUAUAUAUAUUUUAACUAUAAACGCACGCUGACGGUAACAACGUACUGUAAGAGAUUCAAGGAGCCGAAAGCGGUUUCAAACAAAUUGGUGGGCGCAUUGCAGCAUGUAUUUAGUGAUUCCUUUUUUUAAAACAUUCGGAUGGAUAGCCGAUGUGGAGGGGGGUUGGUUCUGGCUGGGGGGGGGGGUUAAUGUGGAAUUAACCAUUUUUCAUUGUUGUAUAAUAGAAAAUGAACAAUUUCUGAAAUUGGUAAUGAUGUAAUAUAAAUGAAAAAUUUGCACUUUGUGAAAUUUACAAGUGAAAACAGACUAACACUAGUUAAAUGUUAAGACCCGCCCCCUCUUUUCCCUCAUCAGUCUUUUCUUUGUGUCUAUGACUGUCGGUCCUAAUAUAUAAGACUCCAAAGCUUCUCUGCAGUGUAAAUUUAAUCUGUACUAUUGAGCAUCGAGGUUGUGCUUUCUGUUCAUAUCCACGUUUUAGGAUAAUAAGACUGAAUCACGGCGGCAGGUUUCAGUUAUUUUUGUCGUCGAACACACUUUGGACUGAGGUGGUGUUUUCUUAACGCCUCACACACAGUAGCAGCUUGCAAACAGGAUUCUGGGAAUCGGUUUUCUUUUUUUUGUUAUUCAUUCAGUUUCUUAUCUUGUUUUCUGCUGUUGCAGAGAACAGUUUGCUUUUUACCUGCAUUUCCAAGAUAACAUUCCAUAUUAUUUAGUGAGAAAACGUACAUAAAGACUGCUGAGGGAAUAUGUUUUCUUUUUCUAUUCCUUUUGAAGAAAGGUAAAAAAAAAAAAGCCUCGGGUCAGUCGUAGCAUGUGAUUAUGCUUAAUUCCACACAUCUCACGGCAGCUAAUGUUGACGGCUGUCUUGUGGGGAUAUAAGCUGAUUUAAAACUGUCUUAUCAUUAGCUCCACAAAGGGAAGUAGUUCUCUUAGAAUUUUAUUUAGUUUUUUCCCCCCAUGUGUAACCUAUAUCAGGCUAAAUAAAAAUGUGUUUAUGU